CUUGUCCUCAAAGAUGCUUUCUCUAGAAAUUCAAACAUGUUUAAAUCCAAGUCAAGCUGAUCACAUGUAUACUACUCCUACGAGGAAAGACGAUUCGCAAAAUCAAGUUGUAAGGAGACCUUCACAAGAAUUCAACUUUGAUUCGACAUUAAACAUUCCUCAAAGUUCGUGUUCGACGGUGUUCAAAUAUGGGACUGGAUCUAACUCUGAUCUAGCAUCAAAAUCAAGUCAAGAUCAAUUAACUUCAAACUGGAAUCUUCAACCUACUUCCUUGUCUUUUGAUUCAUUUCAAGCUGUUGCAGAAAAAUCACAAGUUGUUAAAGUAGAGAAAGAUCAAAAUACGACCCAAUCAGACGGAACCGCAGUUGUGAAGAAAACAUUUUUAACUAACUUGAAGUCUCAUUGGUUGGAUUUCUCAACUUGGUUUACACCUUACCGACACCUUUUCUUCAAGAUUGUGACGGUUAAUGCUGUGAUAAUACUUUCAAUUAUAUUUGAUUCAAAUGGUGGUGCAAAUAGAGAUCUCUCUUUGGGGGUGACAAUCAACAUAUUUGUUGCUAUCGCAAUUCGAAAUGAAUGGGUGCUGAGAUUUAUUUAUUGGAUUUUCAUCAAAACUUUCAGUAGUCCAAGGAUUUCGAUCAAGAUUAGAAAACAUAUCGUUGGAGUUUUAUAUCAUAUUGGCGGGCUUCAUAGUGGUUGUGGUACAUCUUCUUUGCUUUGGUUAACAGUAUCAGCAUAUAGACAUUUCAGAAACCCAAAUCAAUUUCAUCCAAUUGUGUUGACUCUUUUAUCAAUCUCAAUCGGGUGUAUCUUGAUCACUUGUAUCACCGCUACCCCUAUAUUUCGUGGUAAAAGGCAUAAGCUAGGAAUCGUUUGUACUUUACUUUUCGUAACCUUGGGACAUUUAUUAUCAAAGACAAAAUCAACUCGAGAUGUGAUGCCUCUUGUACUUGAUGUCCAAUUUUGGUUGAUGAUCAUGAUUAUCUUCUUUAUCAUUUCUUCGUGGAUUACAAUUCGACUUGUUAAUGUCGAAUGUUUUGUAUCCUCCAAGAAAGCUACGGUGAUCAAAGUUCCAGGUGGGUUGACUUCAGGUCUUCAUACCAGAAUCUCACGUGGUGGUUUAAAAGAAUGGCACAUCUUUGGAUCAAUAAGUGAAGGAAGACGUUCAAAUUGUCAUUAUAUUGUAGCAGCCGUUCAAGGUCAAUUCACCGGGAGUUUGAACUUAGAUCAACCUACCAGACUGUACACUAAACUAUGGAAGCCUGCUGGAUUACCAUACUUUUCUAGAAUGUUUAAUAGAGGAGUAGCAAUCUGUACAGGAUCAGGUAUUGGAGCAGUAGCUUCAACUUGUAUCCAACAUUCAGAUUGGUUUUUGAUUUGGAUUGGACCUGAUCUACAAAACACUUAUGGAUCUGAAUUAAUGAAUCUAAUUGAAGAUAAGAUUCCAAAAGACAGAAGAUUGAUUUGGGAUACUCGUGGUCCUUUAGGUAGACCUGAUGUAUUUUCACUUUUAUCUCAAGCUUAUAAAGAUUGGAAUGCUGAGGUGGUGCUUUUUAUUGGUAGUCCUGCUUUGAAUAAAAGCGUACUUAGAUCCUCAAGAGAACAUAACAUUCCCUUAUUUGGAUCCAUCUGGGAUGCAUGAACAUUAUCACACUCAUUUAUACUUCGAUAUUUCACUAUUUUAGUCUACAUACUUGAUUUUUGGCAUUUGGGGUUCCCUAUUUUUCUCCUUUUUCUGCCUUUUGUUUCACGGUCAGGUUAUCUGUAGGACUCUUUAUUAUCCUCAGAUACCUCAAUUUCGAACAUUUUUUGUUUUCUUUCAGACUGUUGUACUUCAUAGGCAUAUGGGCCGCAAGCUUCUGUUAUAAUUCUUGGACUCUUAUUUGUACAAUUUUUUAUAAGUCUGUUGAGCAUUUUGUGAAAGUACCUUCCGUAGAAAGACUUCACUAAUUCUUUGGUCUCAAUUUUCAUGGGGCUUGGAGAGAAGUGAACUAUAUUCUCAAGCCUCA